AGAAGAAGCAGCAGCCCACGUCAAAGGGCCCCGAGGCCCCUGGGGACAUCCCCGUGCCCAAGUUCAAGAGGGGGAAGGGGGAGUCGGAGCGCUCCUACGUCUGCCGCAUGGAGCAGGAGGUGCAGCGCAUCCUGUUCCUCACCAAGAACCGGCUGCAGCGGGAGCCUGAGAAGGAAGCGAUGGCACCGGAGAAGUCCAAGAGGAAGAGAGAGUUUCAGAAUAAGAAGCUGGAAAAAGCUCGGAAAAAGAAAGAGGAGAAGAAAGAGGCCAUGCUGGAGAAGAGCCUGUUCCAAGACACGGUGGCAUUUGGAGAAGUGGUUACGCAGCCGCCCACCAUCACCUCAAGGCCCAGGGGCCAGGGCCCAGCACAGCAGGCUGGACGGAAACGGCUCCUCCUGACGUCUCGCCUGGGCCGGAGCCCGGCGUCCCCAGCGUCCCUGGCAGUGCCGGUGUCCAUGGCUCGCCAGCGCAUC